UUUUCCCGUCCCGAACUUGAAGGAUUUGGGUCCCGAUUCCAUUUGAUGAGCUCAGGGCAUGGUAUGUUUUAUUUGAAGUUGUAUAUUUGCGGUAUUGAUAGGUAAUUGCUAGUACUUUCCAGAUGUCCGCAUUUUCAAGGGGGUGUAUGAAAUUACAUUCCAUGAGCUUAAACUCAUCCCGAACCUUCCUCUUCACAACCCAAAAGUCAUGUCCAAAUCUUCGAUUCUUUACCUCGACAUCAUUAUGUCGCUCCACAGCGAGGAAGCCAAUGGCACUGCCAACAUUGAAGGCAAAGUCAAAACCAAAGCCUCAGCAAAAACCUCAGCUUAAUGUCAAACUGAAGGUCGCAACACAAAUCCAGCCUCCUGCAUUACUUGCCGCAGAACCACCAUUGCGCUCUCCAAAACCCCUCAAUUAUCACAGUUAUGCCGAUAUCUUGGCUGCAAAACCACAUACCACAAUCCUCUACCAAGCACCAUCACAUACCGGAUACAUAGUAACCUCUUACUUAGCUGGAACCUUUCUCCUUGGGUUCGCCGGACUCACUUGUACGUUUUCCUAAUCCAUUGGGACCCGACAUUUACCCCUCCAGAAGCCCCCGCUAACCUCUCCUCUUCCCAUAUAGUCUGGAAUAACUACGUUCACAUCCCUGCCGACAUUGGCGUAUGGGUCCCCUAUGCUUUCGCUGGCAUAUCCUUUCUCCUAGCUGCUUGUGGAGGCUACGUCAUACUGUCUCCCGCCGGUCUUAUAAAAUCUAUAACCGCCGUCCCUGCCAAAUUAUGUGCUCAUCCUCCAAAAGUUGAUGCACCGCUCUAUGUAGAAAUUGCUCUUAAAAAGGUCAUUCCUAUUCCAUUUAUGCCUCCGCGCAUCCUAACUCUGUCACCCUCUUCCCUCCAUCUUACAAGUCAUCUCUAUCACGCCAGAACUCCCGCCGAGGAAAGGGCAUGGAAUAAGCUAGUCGAAGAAAAGAGAAGGGAGUUAGCGGAAUAUGAUAAAACGCAUAUCAUUGGAAGAGGAACACGGAAGAUUUCAGUGGGUAUAUUUGAGUUAGUUAGGGCAUUUGGGAGAUGCUGGACUAGGGAUGGAUUUAUACCAGUACGGGUUACCGAGAGAGGAAUGGGAAGAGUGUUGAAGUUAGAUGGAGAGGCAGGGUGGGCACAGGAUGGAGGAAGGGCCUUGGAGAAGAUUAUAAAAGUUCAAGACUCUAAGAGAGUGGGGUUUUAGAUCCAUGUGGUAUUAGGGGAGGAAUAACCGAGAAGUCGCUUCGCUUAGGAAAUCAGGCGAAUAGCUAUGGAGGUAUUUGUACAUACAAUACAAAACUAUCACCAGUAUACCAACAUUUGAGCAAGAGAUUGUGAUUUACUAUACGACUAUCAUCUCUUGAUCAAAUAUUCAUGCUCGUGUCAACUCCAAAAGCAGUCAUAUGAAAACUUCGAGUUGAACUUUACAACACAUUUUGAGCACUCAG